AUGGGCCUCCUGUCGUUCGUGCUCUGGUGGCUCACCGUCUCGAAGGAAAUCUUCUCCAUGGUGAGCCUGAGCGACGCCCUGCGCUCGGUGCCGACCGCGGAGCAGACAGAGAUAUCCAGCACCGCUGACAGGCCCGCGCUGGUGUCGAUGGCGAGGUGGCGGAAAGCCACGGUCGUUGGCGUCCUCGUCGUGCGGUCGUUCGUGUGCUUGGCCCUUGCCGUCUGCGGCACGCUGCACCUUGCCUCGACGAUCUCGCUCGGCGACCUCCUGCUCAACGCCGUCGCCCUCGAGGUGCUGUGCUCUCGCUGGACGAGCUCAGCUUCGACGUCCUGGCCUCCCGCUCCAUUCGGCUCAUCAUCUCCUCGACGGCGCCGCUGGCGAAGCCUCCCAGCCCCGCAUGGCGUGGCCUCGACGGGAGGCCCAUCGUGGCGAGCGUUGCCAUCGCUGUCGGGCUCGCACUCGUGUACGGGCUCACUCUGCGGGAGCAGUCGCGAGUUCUCAUGGACGCGCGAGAAGCGAUCUGUGGCGGCAACCUGGACUUCCUCGCCAGCGUCGACCAGAACGGCACGGUGA